CCAUUGUUAUCUGAUGGUCCCUUCCCUGCUGAAUAUCUGUUUUUUCUCUUCUAGGGGAGCUGACUCAAACUGGAGUCCCUCAUAAUGGAACCCCCAGACAAGGGGAAGAGCGACGAGAGCUUGUCCCAGAAGAGCAGAGACUUGCUUCGUCUUGAGGCGCAAGAGAAGAGGAGACGGGAGGCUCCAGGGGAGAAAGACCAGUUCCCUGGGAAGACUCCCAUCUUUGCAAAACCCUACAAGACUGAUAACAAAGGUGCGCUGUCAAGGCGCAUUAGGAGCAUCCUCGGCGAUUAUCAUGGUUUCAAGGAGUACAUGAGGCAGAAUUUGCAGAAGGUCAUAUGGUUUCCAAGGAAGUUCAAGUCCAAGUCAAAGACCAGGAGCAACUGUCAUGAACCGAGCUGCAGUCAAACCAAGACAUUUCAGAGCUCAGUGACAGAACAACCACUUAAAAAUUCUAAGACAUCAGAAUCAUCUGAGCUUGAACCUUUCCUGGAGAAAACCAACACCAUGGAUGUGCUGUCUGUUGAGGACAUUUUGAGG